ACCAUAAACUUAAUUUUAGCCUCAAAGGAUAUAGAGGAUAGAACUUAGAAAACAAAAUAGGGAAAGUGGUUUUGUUUGUGUAAGCCAAAGUGGAAAACAAAGAAAGAAAAGGCAAGCCAUGAAGGGAUAUGAGCCUCGUUCAAGUUCUUCUUGUGCAGCCUGCAAAUUACUCAAGAGAAGAUGCAUCCCCAACUGCAUCUUCGCGCCGUAUUUUCGCUCCGAUGAGUGCAAGAAAUUCGCGAAAGUUCACAAGGUGUUCGGAGCAAGCAAUGUGAGCAAGAUCCUCAUUGAGGUCCCUGAAGAGCAAAGAGAGGACACGGUGAAUUCUCUCGCUUAUGAGGCCGAAGCCAGGCUCCGCGACCCAGUUUAUGGAUGCAUUGGCGCCAUAGCGCUCCUUCAGAGGAAGAUGGUAGAGUUACAACACGAUCUGGCGAUAGCUAAAGAUCGCCUGGCUCGUGUUGUAGCUUCUACUACAUCUGCCUCUGAGUCUGCUUUGGUCGCUACUACUACUUUUAGUAGUAGCGAUGAAAUUAUGCAUGGUUCUUCUUCUUAUUCCCAUGUUAGCUUGCCCCCUUUUCCUUGCAGUGAUUUCAGUGAUAGCUUCUGCCAUAGCUCUUCUUCUUCAUCUCAAUUCUUGAGCCGACAUGAUCAAGCGGUUGAUGAUUUCACUCAAAUCCCAUACAUAUUUUAAUGUUUUGUGUUUCUUUUUUAAUGUUUAAUUUGUGGGUGCCCCUUUGAAUGUAAUAACUCGAAAUCAAUCAAAAGCAGCUAUUUUAGUUUUGUAUAUGCCAAUAAAAACUAGGGAGUCAUGAAAUCAUCGUCUUGAAUUCGGAACUUUGGAUACUCUCUCAUCUUAUUAUUAGUCUCAAACAAAUUAAACAUGUUUUUUUUAUAUAUAUUAUUUAUUUGAGUAAUGUAUUUUUGUUGAA